CCAACCCUCGAAGCUGAUGAAUCAGCUGCGGCUCGUUGGCUCUUCUAGAUAUUUGUUUGUUUGCUCGCACAACUAUUCCUGUGCCAAUUAAUUCAUUUAAUCAAGUGAAACACCAGGCGGAGGACCGUUUCGAUCCGAUUCAAUUGAGGCCAAUCAGCAGCGAUGGACUUCACGACCUUCGUCAAGCCCUCCAAUGGCUGCGGUGACGCCUCUAAUGGCACCCAGACACUCCAAUUCUGGAAGCAUGUGGAGUACAUCGAGAACCAUGGAAAGCAGGAGGACGACUAUGAGUACUGCAUGACCGAGUUCCUGCGCAUGUCGGGCAUCUAUUGGGGCACCACGGCGCUGGACAUAAUGGGUCAGCUGGAUCGGCUGGAACGCAAGUACAUCAUAGAGUUUGUGAAGCGUUGUCAGUGCCCGACAACGGGAGGCUUUGCGCCCUGCGAAGGCCACGAUCCCCACCUCCUGUAUACAUUGUCUGCUGUGCAGAUCCUGUGCACCUACGACGCCCUGGAGGAGAUCGACUGCGACGCGGUGGUACGUUUCGUGGUGGGAUUGCAGCAGCCGGAUGGCAGCUUCUUUGGCGACAAGUGGGGCGAGGUGGACACACGGUUCAGCUUUUGCGCGGUGGCCACGCUCACGCUUUUGCAGCGAAUGAACCAAAGCAUCGAUGUGGAGAAGGCGGUCAAGUUUGUGCUGUCGUGUUGCAACCAAACGGACGGAGGUUUCGGAUCCAAGCCGGGGGCGGAAUCGCAUGCGGGUCUAAUUUAUUGCUGCGUUGGCUUCUUCUCGCUGACCAAUCGCCUGCAUCUGCUGGAUGUGGACAAACUGGGCUGGUGGCUCUGCGAGCGUCAGUUGCCCUCUGGCGGUCUGAAUGGUCGUCCGGAGAAGUUGCCGGAUGUAUGUUACUCGUGGUGGGUGCUCGCUUCUCUUACGAUAAUGGGUCGCCUUCACUGGAUUAGCUCCGAGAAGCUACAGCAGUUCAUUCUGUCCUGCCAGGACUCGGAGACCGGCGGCUUCUCCGACCGCACCGGCAACAUGCCCGACAUAUUCCACACGCUCUUCGGUAUCGGUGGCCUCUCCCUGCUGGGGCACUCUGGCCUGAAGGCCAUCAAUCCCACGCUCUGUAUGCCGCAGUACAUCAUUGAUCGAUUGGGCAUUCAGCCGCAACGCUUGAGCAGGCCGUGAAGCAUCAAAGAGACAUAAUUUUUAGCCAAUCAAUUUUGCAUAGUUCCGAUCAGACCUCUCGUAUUUCCUAGAUUUAUUUUUACAAACAAAAAAAGACCAAAAUUCCACCACAAGAAUAUGUUAUUCACGUAGUACUCAAUGCUAUUUUUCCUUUUACUACGUUGUGCAUUUACCCAUCCUCUAACUUAUAUGUAUAUUUUAUAUAACGAUAGAUGAAGGAA